CAGUGACCGCAGCGACCUCCAAGCUCUGCGACCCGUCGGAGAGAAAGGCGAAUCGGAUCCCCGCAGAAGGGGAGCGCCGCCGCGGAGAGCACCCGCGGUAGCAGCGAGCGGCAGCAGGGAGAAGCACGCUGCCCAAUGCCGCUCGGCGUCGCCGGAGGGGCACCACACAUGGCAGGGGAAGGGGGAAGCACCCGCGGCGGCGGCUCCGCCCCGGCGACGGCGCGAGCUCGUCGCCUUCCUCCUCACUGGCCUGGCCGCCUCCACCCGCGUCCCCAACGCCAGGCCGCCGCUCGACGCGGGCCACACCUCAUGGACGCUGGGACUAGUUCUACCGAUAAGAACUCUCGGUUCCACAAUGGUCCAUGGAGCCAGAUCCUUUUAAAAUUGAUUAAGUUUGACAUUCAGAAAGGGACAGCAUUUUUGUCUGGAAGCGGGUGUUGGUUCCUGGCCACGAUGGUUGCAGGGAAAAGAGCAUAGAUGUUUAUAGAAUUCAAGAUUCUACCAACAUUGUCGUUCGUCAUUCUUCUGGACAUGCAUUCUGAAAUUGUGAUCUUUUAGGUAACAUUGGACAUGGAGUUCUUCACAGAAUAUGGUGAGGCAAGCCAGUAUCAGAUCGAAGAGAUCAUUGGCCAGGGAAGCUUUGGAGUAGUUGCUGCUGCAGUAGAUACCCAAACUGGGGAGCGGGUUGCGAUCAAGAAGAUACAUGAUAUGUUUGAGCAUGCCCCAGAUGGCACCCGCAUUCUUCGGGAAAUCAAGCUUCUUCGGCUUCUCCGCCACCCAAACAUAGUUGGGGUCAAACACAUCUUGCUUCCCCCUGCCAGAAGGGAGUUUAGAGAUAUUUAUGUUGUUUUUGAGCUCAUGGAGUCAGACCUACAAAAAGUGAUCCAAGUAAAUGAGAACCUCACCGCAGGGCAUCACCGGUAUUUCUUGUAUCAGCUUCUUCAUGCCCUCAAGUACAUCCAUGCAGCUAAUGUAUUUCAUCGUGACUUAAAACCGAGCAACAUACUUGCCAAUUCGAAUUGCAAACUAAAGAUCUGUGACUUUGGGCUUGCACGCGCAUUGCGUGAUGAUGCUCCCUUGGCUAUAUUUUGGACUGAUUAUGUGGCUACAAGGUGGUACCGUGCUCCUGAAUUAUGUGGCUCAUUUUUCUCCAAAUACACCCCUGCAAUUGAUAUUUGGAGCAUAGGGUGCAUAUUUGCUGAAGUUCUCACUGGAAAACCAUUAUUUCCUGGGAUGAAUGUCACACACCAACUAGAUCUGAUAACAAAUGUCCUUGGAACUCCAUCAUAUGAAACCCUAUCCCAGAUUCGUAAUGAGAAGGCCAGGAGAUAUUUGACUGGCAUGAAGAGGAAACAUCCUAUCCCCUUUCCUAGUAUUUUUUGUAACGCUGAUCCUCAGGCUGUCCGUCUCCUGGAACGCUUACUCGCAUUUGAUCCUAAAGAUCGACCUACUGCUGAAGAGGCUUUAGCUGAUCCAUAUUUUGAAGGAUUUCCUAACUUGGAACAUGAGCCUUCACCACACCCCUUUUCAAAACUUGAGUUUGAAUUUGAGAGAUGGAAGCUAACAAAGGAUGGUGUAAGAGAUCUGAUAUAUCGAGAGAUUUUGGAGUACCAUCCACAGAUGCUUCAGGAUUAUAUCAGAGCUGGAGGACAGACUAGUUUCGUCUAUCCAAGUGGGGUUGAUGGUAUGAGGCUGCAGUUUGUACAUCUUGAGGAGAACCACCUGAGAGGAGAAAGAGGCACUCCACUGCGGAGGCGACAUGCAUCUUUGCCAAGGGAAAGAGUCUGUGCACCAAUGGGUAUUGAUAAUCAAGACUGUAACAAUGAGAGGAGGACAGCAUCUUCUGCUGCCCAAAUUACCAUAAGAUCACAACAAGAGGGGCUGACACAUGCAUAUGUUUAUCAAAAUGGCACAGGCAUUCCGGACUUCUGCUCAGGGUAUUACUUGCAGAAUGGUAGUACCAGUGCUUCCAGUUGUGUUAUCGAAGAGAAUGAAGGCCCAAAGGAGAAUGGCGUCUCCGCGGAGAAGGUGGCCUAUGAACUGUCAGAACGGCUUGCCAGGAUCUAGCCAGGACGCACCUUCUAAGGCAGCCAUGAUCCCGACGCAGCUCUAAAUUUCAGCGCAGUGGUUCCACCAUGUAGUCUGAUGGAUCCCGGCAGCACAGAAUAAACUCCACCAGGGCGGAGGUGCUGCGAACUUCACACCAACCAUUCACAUUAUCUGAAAACAUGUAAUAAAUCUGAGUUGAAAAAUGUCGCGCCGAUCUGCAUCGGUAUACAUCCGGUGUAAAUUAUGUGGGUACCGUAGUGUGAUGUCGUAACAGAAAUUGCAGACA